AUGUUGGCCACAGCAAUCCCCAAGCCACCCCCUGUGGUCCACAUCCCAGAAUCCUCCACCACAGUGGAUGUCCGGGUCAUUGAUACCAACACGUUCGUUCACCUGAACCCCGAACUGUUCUGGCGGCCGAAGGUCGAUGGCUUCAAUGGCCUGCACGCCCCCAUCUACUGCUUCCUGGUGUCCAACAAUAGAACAGGAAAGCAUGUACUCUUUGAUCUAGGGACCCGACCUGACUGGCAGAAUUACGCGCCGAAGACUGUUGCCCUGAUCCAAGCCACCACAGUAGUCACCCCAGGGUCCGAUGUGGCCACCACACUUGAUGAGGCGGCCGACAAGGGUCAAGUCGGCGUGCGCAGCUCCGACAUUGACGCUGUCAUCUGGUCCCACAACCACUUCGACCACAUCGGCGACGUGACGCGGUUCCCGCACAGCACUGAGCUGGUCGUCGGCCCGGGCGUCCGUGCCGCGACGUGGCCCGGCUGGCCGUCACGUGCGGAUGCCAUUGUGCUUGAUGCCGAUGCUGAGGGCCGUACGGUGCGUGAGAUCUCGUUUAAUGGGGGUCUCAAAAUCGGGCGUUUCGAUGCGUUUGAUUUCUUCGGUGACGGAUCGUUUUACCUCCUUGACGGACCAGGCCACGCGGUGGGUCAUCUUUGUGCCCUGGCACGAACCACGGCUGCGUCUGACGAUGUCGGGCCAUCGUUUGUGUUCAUGGGCGCGGACGCAUGCCACCAUGUUGGAGUGCUGCGCCCCAGCGAGUAUCAUCCUUUACCGUCCGGGGAGAGUCUGCAGCAUCUUCUGGGCGAAGACUCGCCGCUUUGUCCUGGACUUCUUCUGGAGUCAUGCUUGGCCAGUAAAUCUGUACCUUUCUUCGAGGUAACUGCUCCUAGCCUUAUAUUCCCGGAUAAAGAAGCAUCUUUCGAUACGAUUAGCAAGAUACAGGAACUGGAUGCUUUGGAAAAUGUUUUUGUCGUGAUGGCACAUGACCUGUCAAUACGGGAUCAGAUCCCCUUGUUUCCUGAGAGGAUCAACGGAUGGAAGAAGUCGGGUAUUAAAGUCGAUUCACGAUGGAAUUUCUGUCAAGAUUUAUGUCAUUGA